CGAAGCAGGAAGAUUACUUUACCUUCUUCAGCUUACUUUGGCGCUAAUAAUGUCAUAAGCGUGUUGGUCUCAUCUUAAUUUGUAGAAUAUAAACUGAUCUUUCGCUUGAUCAACAUGCUGAGACAGCUUAUUCUCAUAUUACUGUUGAAAACAUCGAUAGAAGGAACCAGGAAUUUUAAAAGUAAAACUGAUGAUUUUGAUAUUCUGGACCUGUCACAUGAUGAUGACAUUGGGGCACCUAAUUAUCCAAGACAAAAGAGAACACAUCAAAACAUCAAGAAACAAGUUAGAAAAACUGAUUUGAAUGUGACAACUAUAAGUGCUAAUUUAGGCAAGUCGUACAAAGGAUUUGUAGAUGAAACACGAGAGACGGUGUACAACUAUGAGUUUGAAGAUGAAGCCAAUGCGACUUCAACAAUCCGUGUGACAGUAUCCAGUGUUGAUUCAAGUACAAAAUACCCUGUACUUUUUGUUGUGCAGCAACAGAGAAGUGUGUUGUCAUGGCAGGUCCCUCUGGAACUUGAGAAUGUGUUUGAAUACUGCACCGUGUCUCGUACAUUAUGUCCUGUCCACACCCAGUCAGGGAAGAGUAAGGUGAAGAAACAGGUCCUUAUCCAAGUAUUCUCUAUGAACCCUAAACCACAGCCUUACACACUCCGGGCAUUCAGAGUAUCACCACCCAAGUUCAUAUUACAAUCUGGUGUUACUUAUGAUGUUGUGUCCAGACCUUCUGAGCCUGUUUACUAUCAGUAUAAGUUCCCUGAUGGGGUGGACUCUGUCGUUGUCAAGGUGACUGCUCCAACAAACAGCAGUUUCUGCUCCAUCAUCUCUGUGCAGAAUAUACAUUGCCCAGUGUUUGAUCUUGACCGCAAUAUUGAGUACACAGGACAGUAUCAGAGCAUGACCACACAAGCUGCAAUUACAGUUGAGAGGAAGAAUUAUGAUGAAGGGAUGUUCUUUGUUGUGAUAGUUGUGAAGCCUCGUGACUACAACUGCAAAGGAAUAGAGUCUGUCAUGGUCCCUGCCAAUGGAGAUGGGACAUGCCAUGAGGAGUUCAUGAGGAUCAAACAACUUCAGGUCACCAUAGAGACCAGCAUCACAAGGGGUGACUACAUCAUGGUAAUUGGAGGGACUGUUGGCGUCUUCCUCAUCUUCUAUGUUCUGGCUGUGAUCAUUGUCAUUUGGUAUUGGUGCAGAAACAAAGAUACUACUGCUUCAUUUCUGGCUUCCACCCAACAGUCUCAACUGAGUGACAGAGAUAGUUUACCAAUCAUGGGUAGUCAGACUGCAGAACCAGUCAACUAUGGAACUAGCACUGGCGAUACUUAUGCAGGAGGUAGCAAUGAUAUCCCACAUCGCAUCAGUCCAACGAAGAGCUCCUCAGAUGACACAGAGGACAUUGACACUUACGAUCUUUUGCCUGAUGCUGAGAGAGAAAAAGAUAUUUUCAGGACUAAAACAUUCCUUUACGUAGCAGAUCUUGCAAGAAAAGAUGCCAAAAAUUUGUCCAAGAAAUACAAACUGUAUUAUUGGAAUUUGCUGACUAUAGCCAUAUUCUAUGGCUUGCCUGUCAUCCAGCUAGUAGUCACAUAUCAAAAGGUUCUACAUGUGACUGGUGAUGAAGAUAUAUGCUACUAUAACUUCCUUUGCGCUCACCCACUGGGGGUGUUCAGUGCAUUCAACAAUGUAUUUAGCAACAUUGGAUACAUCAUGUUGGGACUUCUAUUUCUUGGUCUGGUCUGGAAUAGAGAGCGUACAUACAAGAAGACUAUAGAGCAGAGCCCUGAGCUAGAGAAACAGUAUGGUAUCCCCCAGCACUUUGGUCUCUUCUAUUCUCUAGGGAUUGCCUUAGUCAUGGAGGGCAUCAUGAGUGGAUGUUACCAUGUCUGCCCCAACUACUCAAACUUCCAAUUUGAUACUGCCUUCAUGUAUAUGAUUGGAGGUCUGUGUAUGUUGAAGAUAUAUCAAACACGUCACCCAGAUAUCAAUGCUAAUGCAUACAAGGCCUACAUGUGUCUGGCUGUCAUCAUAUUCCUCGUGGUUAUAGGAGUGGUGUAUGGUAAUUUAGUACUAUGGAUCAUCUACUCUACAGUACACAUACUUUCCUGUUUGAUCCUUACAGCACAAGUCUACUACAUGGGCAGAUGGAAAUGUGAUUUGGGUAUAUUCAAGAGGAUCUACCUGUUUAUCAAGACUGACUGCCUUGUAUGUGCUCGGCCUAUGUACAAAGACAGACUGGUGCUACUCAUCAUUGGCAAUCUAGUUAACAUAGGAUAUGCCAUAUAUGGAUUGGUGACGCAGCCUAAGGACUUUGCGUCAUAUUUACUUGCCAUAUUUAUUAUCAAUUUCUUGAUGUACUCUAUGUUCUACAUUACAAUGAAGAUAAGGUCAGGAGAAAGGAUUCUGUUACUCCCAUGUAUAUACAUCGUAAUUGCAUGUGUCCUUUGGGGGUUUGCACUCUAUUUCUUCCUGGCUAAACUCACCACUUGGCAGUUGACUGCUGCGAGGUCUAGAGAGGGUAACAAGGAGUGUACAAUACUGAACUUCUAUGAUGAUCAUGACAUCUGGCAUUUCAUCUCCUCAAUGAGCCUCUUCAUCUCCUUCAUGAUUCUAUUAACACUGGAUGAUGAUCUCAUUACAACCAAACGUGACACAAUCCCAGUAUUUUAAUCUGAACAUAGUAAUAUAACUAACAAAAUGGCUGUUAAACUGACUAACUGUUGAACUGAGUUGCUGUCCAUUGAACUGA